AUGGCCGACUUAGUGACAGAAGAAAAUUUAGCUCCUAAAAAAAUCGAGAAAAAGGUGGUAAUUAAAUGCCAUCAUUGCAAGAAAAGUGUUGUGGAUGUAGUGAAAUGUAAAAAGUGCAUUAAUUGUUUUCAUCCGGCCUGUUUACUGCAGGCAUCAAAGCAGAAAAACGCCGAGUGUAUCCACGAAUCCGACAAGGUUAGAAAACAGAGCACAAUUGUCAACAGUGAUGAGAAUGCAGAAGUAGACCUUUUAAGGGUACUAGUGAAAGAAUUACAGAGUAAGAACCAAAUUCUGCAAGAAAACACCCAAUUACUCAGAGAGAAAAUAGUCUUUCUUGAGCAAAAAAUAGAAAAUUCCAUUAUAAAAGAAGACCAAAACAUUCACCCUGCGCCAUCUAGCAACGCCAGCAUCCAUAAUUCGAAGAAAAUAAAGAAUACCAAGACCGCGCCAUCUAGCGCUGUAGAAGGGAAAGUGGAAAGUACGGCACAAGAUGUCAAUAUUCCCAAAAAUCCAAUAGAAGUGGCAGUUAUCGAUAAUACCGAUCUGCUCAUCCAACAAAACGAAAAGCAAUCAAUGACAGCUGAAGGCUUGCGCAAUUCCAAUGUUGACGAAAAUCAGGAUGACUGGGUUGAGGUUAGAUCGAAAAACAAAAACAAAAACAAAAAGUCGAUCUUCCAAACAAACCGCCCGGAGCCACUCAAAGGGCAAAAUGAAAAUGCGACCAAUCUAAAAACAGCGACAAGAGUGACGUUCCUGUUCCUGUCUGGAACUGCACCAGAGGUAACCUGCGAAGACGUUAUGAAUUUUCUCAAAGAAAACAACUUACUUGUUGCUGGCUGCCGAUGUGAGAAAAUGAAAACAAAAAAGCAAAAAUACUGCAGCUCCUUCCGGCUAGCAGUUCCGCAGACGGAUGUUAUUAAAUAUCUGACACCUAGCCUGUGGCCCACAGGAUCAGUUAUUAACCAUUUUCGGAACAUCCAGAGCCAAAACCAGGUAACAGCAGUCCAUCCAAGCGGAAGAUAA